CGCCUGCUGCCCAAUCAGCAAGCGGCGAAAAGAAAAGGGCGGCCUGACGCUGCGGUGAACGUAAGAAGGCCGAGCCGCUCCCCUCCGGAGAAGCAAAAUAUAGUCCCGUGGCCGGUGCCCCUUUCGGCGGAAAAAGAAAUCAAUAGGAGAUUGCCUUAAUAGGCACAUUGAGCCCUUUUUAAAAAACCCUUCGUUGUGACGGAAAAUCACUUUUGAGCCUGUGAGGCGACGGAGGGAAGCGGGGGGGGGAGGUGUGAGUUGAGCGGCGGAAGAACACGAGGAGCGAAGAGAUUGUUGUGAGUCGCCUUGUCCUCCCGUCCGCCUUAAAAAAAGAAAGAAAGAAAAAAAGCGAAAGAGGCCCCCACCUUUGGUGGUGGGGGGAGGAGGAGGAGGAGUGGAAGUAGUUCCGGCCGCGCCUUGGUUGCGUCUCCUAAAAAUAGCGCCCGGUGGAUAUCCCUCCGCCGGCGUCAGCGCUCGCUUUGGGAGGCGGCGGAGCAGCAGCAGCAGCAGCAGCUGCGGAGGAAGACAGAAGCGACGAGAGGGAGGAAAAAGAAGAAGAAGAGCCAGGGGAGGGGGCGAGAGGGCAAGAGGAGGCGGCCGGCGGGUUUUGGAACACAGUGCAUGGUGUUGCGUGCAAGCUUUAGUCGUGGAAGAGAACUGCCUACCAUGUGCUAGGAUCUGAAGUUUGUGGAUUCUUUUACUUGUGUGCUUCUGGAUUAUAAAGAAGGAAACAUUGAAAAUGGGGAGGAAGAAAAUACAGAUCACAAGAAUAAUGGAUGAACGGAACAGACAGGUGACCUUUACAAAAAGGAAGUUUGGAUUAAUGAAGAAAGCCUAUGAACUGAGUGUGCUCUGUGACUGUGAAAUAGCACUCAUCAUUUUUAACAGUUCUAAUAAACUCUUUCAGUAUGCCAGCACAGAUAUGGACAAAGUUCUCCUCAAAUAUACAGAGUACAACGAACCCCAUGAGAGCAGAACCAACUCGGAUAUUGUUGAGGCUCUGAACAAGAAGGAAAACAGAGGGUGCGACAGCCCGGACCCUGAUACUUCAUAUGUGCUCACGCCACAUACAGAAGAAAAAUAUAAAAAAAUUAAUGAAGAGUUUGAUAAUAUGAUGCGGAAUCAUAAAAUCGCACCUGGGUUGCCUCCGCAGAACUUCUCAAUGUCGGUCACUGUUCCUGUCUCCAGUCCCAAUACUUUAACCUACAGUAAUCCGGGGAGUUCCCUUGUAUCCACAGCGCUGGCAGCAAGCUCUACUUUGACAGACACCACCAUGCUGACCCCUCCUCAGGCCUCGUUGCACCGAAAUGUAUCACCAGGAGGUUCUCAGAGACCACCAAGUACAGGCAGUGCAAGUAGUAUGCUGUCCACAACAGAUCUCUCAGUGCCAAAUGGAGCUGGUUCUAGUCCAGUGGGAAAUGGGUUUGUGAACUCACGAGCUUCGCCCAGCUUGCUUGGCAGCACCGGUGGCGGGAACGGUCUGAGCAAAGUGAUGCCCACAAAAUCGCCACCUCCCCCUGGAGGGGGCAACCUUGGCAUGAACAAUCGCAAACCCGACCUCCGGGUCGUCAUCCCUCCCUCUAGCAAAGGCAUGAUGCCUCCACUGUCAGAGGAGGAUGAAUUGGAGUUGGUGAGUCUGGGUUCCUACUUGGACAAAGAGGGCUGGCCUGUCGCUUGCCUGCCACAGGCGGAGGGAGCCCUCUGGUGGUGUGCCUGCUCCCUGCCGGGGAAGUGUGGAGCCAUCCGCCCCGUCAUGCAACGCCUCGGAGAGGCAGCUGGGGCCGAGAACACCCAGCGGUUAAGCAGUUCUCAGUCCACACAGCCUCUGGCAACCCCGGUUGUGUCCGUGACGACUCCAAGUUUGCCCCCACAGGGGCUGGUGUACUCCGCCAUGCCGACGGCCUACAACACUGAUUACUCCUUGACUAGUGCAGACCUGUCGGCUCUGCAGGGAUUUAGCUCCCCGGGAAUGCUGUCAUUAGGACAAGUAUCUGCCUGGCAGCAGCAUCAUCUAGGUCAGGCAGCCCUCAGUUCUCUUGUGGCUGGAGGCCAGUUAUCUCAGGGUUCCAACUUAUCCAUCAACACCAACCAAAACAUCAACAUCAAGUCUGAACCGAUCUCCCCUCCUCGAGACCGCGUGACUCCAUCUGGGUUCCCGCAACAGCAGCAGCAGCAGCAGCAACAACCCCAGCAGCAGCAGCAGCAGCAGCCUCCACAACAAUCACGGCAAGAAAUGGGCCGCUCUCCCGUUGACAGUCUCAGUAGCUCCAGCAGCUCGUACGACGGCAGCGACCGCGAAGACCCCAGGAGCGACUUCCAUUCGCCGGUGGGGCUGGGGAGGCCCCCCAACUCAGAAGACAGGGAGAGCCCCACAGUCAAGCGGAUGAGAAUGGACACCUGGGUGACAUAAGCUUCCGGGCUCUCCCCCCACCCCCUUUCCGUUUCUACUUUUGCGUUAUCCCAAUGAACAGUCCUGACAUAUCUAAAAUUUAUAAAUAAGGACACGAAAUAAAUAUUUAUAUGUAUAUACAUACAUGCAUAUAUAUAUCUUUGUAUACAUAUAUAUGUGUGAGUGUGUGUAGCAAGACACAAAAAAGAGAGAGAGAAAUCAGCAGGCACUUAAUACCAACUCCUUGUAUAGCUGCAGAUGCCCCAUGGUUUUAAAAAAUAAAUGAAUAUAUAUGUAACAGAAGUACCCUAAUAGGUAUUGGUCUAGUCUGGCACUUACCUGGACUUUGUUCCUUGAAUAAUGUAACUUGUUUUGCAAAAGAAACGUCGUACCCAUAUAUAGUCCUACCAAAUUAGACGGCAGAACCGUGAGGGCUCGCCUAUAGUUGUUCCUCUGUGGGUGUGUGUGGGUGUGUGUUUUGAACAGCCGUAUGGUUCCUCGUAGUUUUUAAAAGCACGCUUUGUAGCAGCAGAGCAGUAGAAAAAGAAAGCAAUACUGUACAUAGAAUGACCUUUAUACUACCCAAGCUAGCAUGGGUCUCUCUUGCAGAGGGUGCAUGAAGAAGGGCUGGCGUUAUUUAAAGAAGAAAAAUCUCUUUUGCACGUGCAAAAAAUGUACUGGGACAAAUAAAAGAUUUUUUUUUUUAAAAAAAACGAGAGAGAGAGAGACAUAAAGAACUCGCAUGAAAUAUUCAGAAGAUAUUAACCUAGGAGAUAGUCCAUAAAUAAAAUUUUAAUAUAUUAAGUUAUAAUUGGAAUAUGUUUAAAACACCUUUUCUUAUGUUGCUCCUACCUUUUUUUCUUUUUUUUUUAAAGUAUAGAAAAGAAUUCUAGGUCGUGUAUAUUUUUUAUUAAAGAGAACCAUACCCCUUCUUGAAGACUAUAUAGAAAGUUAUAUACAGUACUUUUGAACACAUUCUGCUAUGAAUUAUUUAUAUAAGCCAAAGCUGUAUGGUGUAGCUUUUUUUGUAGAGUAUAGUUCUAACUUUUUUUGACUGUCUUUUUUUUGUUUCAGGGGAGGAAAGAAAAAAAAAAUCUUGCGGGCAGAACCUUGGGGGAAAAUAAGCCAUGAAUACUUAUUAUUCUAUAUGUAAAUUAAAAUUUGAGCCAAACUUUGUGUAUAUAGCAUCUUAAAUAUAUUAUCACCUUUUGGUGUAAGUACCUAUGUAUUGUACGUUCACCAGAUUGAAAAGUAUAUUUUUGUGGAUUGACGCCAACUUGAAAAAAAGAAAAAGAAAAGGCGAGGUCCUUAUUAAGUAGAGUA